CGGAAGUGCAGACCGGAAGUGUAUAAUGAGACACCGCAGAGACAAACCGCACACUUUACUUUUCCUUCUAAACAAACGUUCAUCAUAACAGGAAGGAAUUUUGUUUUUAUUUUUUUACGUAAUACUUUAGUUUUAAUCUUCACAAACGAGAGCGUUUCUUUGGGAUCUGAGCGGAUUCUCAGGAUGGACCCCGCUCUGCUGAGGGAGCGGGAGCUGUUCAAAAAGAGAGCCCUCUCUACUCCUGCUGUAGAGAAAAGACCUGCUUCUUCUGAUUCAGGCUCACACAAGAAGAAGAAGCCCAAAGUCGAGAGGGACAGCUCCUCUGGCACCAAACACGGCUCUGACUCCACAAAUGGAAUAAACAUCAAGACGAGUUCUGGAUACAAGUUUGGAUGUUUGGCCAAAAUAGUGAACUACAUGAAGACGAGGCAUCAGAAUGGAGACACUCACUUCCUGACUUUAGAUGAAAUUCUGGAUGAGACGAAACUCCUCGACAUCGGCAUGAAGCAGAAACAGUGGCUUAUGAACGAGGCUCUCGUCAGUAAUCCAAAAAUUGAAGUUCGAGAUGCAACGUACGGGUUUAAACCAAAGUACAAUCUAAAAGACAAAAAAGCUCUGCUCAGGCUACUGGACAAACACGGACAGCAGGGACUGGGGGGAAUUCUGCUGGACGAUGUUGAGGAGGGCCUUCCCAACGCUGCCAAAGCCAUUAAGGCGUUGGGAGAUCAGAUCAUCUUUGUUACCAGGCCAGACAAAAAGAAGAUUCUCUUUUACAACGACAAACACUGCCAGUUUCUUGUAGAUGAAGAGUUUCAAAAGCUGUGGAGGAGCGUUCCUGUCGAUUCAAUAGAUGAAGAAAAGAUUGAAGAGUAUUUAAAGAAACAAGGCAUUUCCUCAAUGCAAGAAACGGGACCAAAGAAAGUGUUACCAGUUCAGAAGAGGAAGAAGCAAAGCGGACAGAGGAAAAGGCAGUUCAAGACUCACAACAAUCACUUGGCUGGUGUUUUGGAGGACUAUUCAGAGGGUGUGCCAGCCAAUAAAUGAAGCGCCUUCUUUCGUUUCGGGUCAGAAAACAGUAUUUUUGGAAACGGCUGGAUGUGCCCAAACUAUAAUAGACUUCUGUCAUCUCUGGUCUUUAUUGGUCUUAGUUUAUCGUGUUAAUUCUGGCUUUUUUUUGGAUCAGAGAUGAGACACAAGACUGAGUGUGCGAGGUCAUAUGCUGUAAAUGCAGUAGAACUUGUUUUAUACAUAUACCAUUGUGUGAGGAAAACUGUGUUACAUUUGGAGGACCAGGUGUUGGAUGUUCUCAUUAAUCAGCCAGUGCUGUGCAUUACAUUAAUUACAUUAAACUUUACAGUUUUAUCUGUUAUUGAGACAUUUAUUUAAUACUCUAAUGAUUUCAGGACUUGUUUUUUUUUUUUUUAAAUGUUGCAGGAAGUACAGAAGUGACUACCACAAGCUUGAUUAUAUGUUUACAUUGGUGUGUAU